AUGUCGUCGUCCUCGCGUCCGCAUGGCGCCGGCUCGCCUUCACCUCCAGCUGCCUCCCCCGCUCCGCCUGGCCCCCCUUCCCCUCGAGACCCGCUGAAGCUCGACACGGCUUCACGAUCACGACCACGGCCGAAACUCGUCUCCUUUGGCCGCACAGAGCUCUCGGACGGGCGGACCACCUCAGACGGACGGCCCAACGUAGACGGGCGCCCGCACGUCGAAUUCAUAACCGAACCGCGCAUGUCUUCCGAAGUCGAUCCGCUCUUGAAGGAGGUGCUUUCCCCUCUCAGCGAUGACGACUGGAUGGGCGAGCAUCAUGUCGAGGAGACGAAAAGCAGCUGGUUUCUGUUCCUGCUCACCUUUGGCGGACUGGGCCUGCAAAUAGGAUGGUCAGUAGAGACGUCGAAUGGUUCGCCAUAUCUUCUGUCCCUUGGACUCAGCAAGUCCAUGCUCGCUCUAGUAUGGAUCGCCGGCCCCUUGUCAGGUGUACUAGUCCAACCGUACGUCGGUAUCAAGAGCGACAACUGCCGCCUGCGUUGGGGGAAAAGGAGGCCUUUUAUUAUUGGCGGCGCCGCAGCAACUAUUGUGUCCCUCAUGGUUCUGGCGUGGGCAAAAGAAAUCAUUGGAGGCUUCCUGGGCGUUUUCGGCGCUGAUCCAGAGUCAAGUGGCGUGAGGACUUGCAUCAUGCUCUUCGCUGUCCUCUUUGUGUACGUGCUGGAUUUCGCUAUCAACGUCAUCCAAGCUGGUGUCCGUGCAUACAUUGUCGACGUCGCCCCCACUCAUCAACAGGAAUCCGCCAAUGCCUGGUUGAUGCGCUCGGCAGGUCUCGGAAACAUCUUGGGCUACCUAGCAGGCUACAUCAAGCUCCCAGAACAUCUCCCGUGGCUCGGCGGCACUCAGUUCAAGGUUCUCUGCGCCAUCGCCUCUUUCAUCAUGGCCCUUACGGUUGGUAUCAGUUGCGCAUCUUGCCCCGAACGUGACCCCCAAUUCGAUUCCACACCAGCCGAGCAACAGGACGGCGUGAUUGCUUUCUUCAAGAGCCUCGCACGCUCAGUCAGGAGAUUGCCUCCUCAGAUCAAACGCGUGUGUGAGGUGCAGUUCUUCGCCUGGAUUGGAUGGUUUCCAUUCCUUUUCUACAUUACAACCUACGUUGGUGAAAUCUACGCCGACCCUUUCUUUGAGAAGAAUCCGCAUAUGACGGACGACGAGAUUGAUCGCGUCUGGGAGGACGCUACAAGAAUCGGCACCAGGGCACUACUCAUCUUCGCCGUCACCACUUUCCUCGCCUCCGUCGUCCUACCAUUCGUCAUUCCUCCCACCUAUCAAGCUCCAGAGCCCGACCGUCCAGUGACGCCCGCCACGCCCAUGACACCAGCGACUCCGCAUUCUAUGGGAGGUUCCGGCUAUUUUGCACUCAGUCACACAUCCAAGGGAACCCCAAAAACUUUUCAAGAGAAGAUGUACAAAUCCUUGGAGAUGCUGCAAGUCCAAUCGCUCACCCUCCGUCGGGCUUGGUUCCUUUCACACAUUGUGUUCGCCAUACUCAUGCUACUUACCUUCGUUGUUCGCAGCACGUGGGGGGCAACAAUGCUCGUUGGCGCUAUUGGCAUUCCUUGGUGCGUGACGAGCUGGGCUCCAUUUGCUAUCAUCGCUUCCGAGAUUUCGAAAAGAGAUGCUAUUCGACGUGGCAUCAUCCGCCCGCGCGACCGCGAGUCUCAGCUCAUCGCAUCUGGUGAAGAUGACGGAUCAGGGGCAGACUCGGCUGGUGUGGUGCUAGGAAUUCACAAUGUGGCCAUCGCAGCUCCCCAGGUCAUCGCCACACUUGUCAGUGCGGUAAUGUUCAAGCUACUACAGAAGCCUAGAGGCACAGCAGGCGAUGACAGUGUAGCGUGGGUCUUGCGAUUUGGCGGCAUCUGUGCUGUGGCUGCGGCUUGGUUGACGUUGCGAGUCACCGAAGAGAAAGUAGAAGAGGAGGUAGAAGAGCCGUUCAGGAGGAGACGCCUGUCUUAG